CUUGAAUGUAACAUGCGUCACAUGAAAGAAAAGGGGACAUACACGUUUAUCCCACAGAAGAGCUCUAGAUUGGCUUUUAUAGCUGUUUGAGUAUAUUUGUAGUUAGUGCAUAAAUAUCUAAUUACUGUACCAGUUUGAGGGAAAGCCGAGAUAGAGCAGUCCCUGAACUAAUCAGCUGCAGCGUUGCGCAGCUGCACCAGGUUGCGAUAAAAAGGGACUUAAAAGGUGUUUUUUCUUUCCCUGACAGCUCAGAUAUGGAGGCUAUUUUUGGUCGUAAACAGGAGGACUUGGAAGAUUACUAUGGAUUGUUAGGAUGUGAUGAACUGUCAUCGAUUGAGCAGAUCCUCAAUGAAUACAAGAUUAGAGCCUUAUCGUGUCACCCGGAUAAACACCCUGACAACCCUACAGCAGUUACUGAUUUCCAAAAGCUGCAAGAAGCCAAAGAGGUUUUAUGUGAUGAAACCAAAAGGAAGAACUACGACCACUGGAAAAGAAGCGGCGUCUCUAUCCCAUUCCAGGAAUGGCAGGCCCUGAAUGAUUCAGUUAAAACUUCAAUACACUGGGCUGUGAGGACCAAGAAGGAGCCGAUGUUGGAGGCCUGCAAACCAGAGGAUCCAGUCGCUUUCCAGUCAGAGGAACAAGAAAACAACAAAAAUACUUCAGAUGAAGGUUCCUCCUCUGAUUUCUACCAUCGACGUUUCCGUUGGGCCUCAGACUCCCCAUCCUAUCUGCUGCAGAAGUUCAGAAAUUAUGAAAUAUGAAAUUAGCGGCUUAAAAACCUAGUAUUCCUAAAUGUUACUGUAAAUGUUAGUUUUUUGUGAGUCCACUAAGUGCCUGUGCUGGAACAGUCGUGUUGAUGUGAUUGUGGUUGUGUGUCUGUAUGUGUUUAACAGCCUGUUGCAUUUUGCAUAUUUGAUGUGCUCUGUCUUAGACUCUCCAUGAUUUAUUGUGCAUUUCUGUGUUGCAAACUGAACCAUUUUGUGUCAUUUAUUGUGAUGAAUGUUGUUGUUUCUGACCUUUAGCUGCUGCAUGAUGAGUCAUGGUAUUUGUUUAAAGUGGAACACUCUGCUUCUUAGAGUCAUAAGGCAUUAAAACUGGUUUAACUUUAGCUUUUAAAG